AUGCGCGCAGCAGCAGCAGCAGCAGGAGCAGCAGCAGCAGCAGCAGCAGCAGACACAGCCGCAGAAGCAGCAGCAGCAGACGCAGCAACAGAACCAACAAACAUAGACGCAGGAGCAGGAGCAGCAGCCUCAGCAGCAGAACCAUGCACAGCAGCAGCAGCAGGCGCAACAGCAGCAGCAGCAGCAAGUGGUCUGCUGCUCGUUCGUUGCGGCACAAGCAAAGCAGCAGGAAGCACGCCAGCAGCAGGAAGCACAGCAGCAGCAGCAACAGCAGCAGCAGCAACAGCAGCAGCAGCAGUCCAGCCAGGCGGGCAGCAGCAGACAGAAGGGGCCGCAGCGUUUUCCUCUCUCGCCGGAAGCAUCGACGCCACAGCAGCAGCAGAAAGAGCAGCAGCAGCAGCAGCAGCAGCAGCAGAAAGAGCAGCAGCAGCAGCAGCAGCAGCAGACGCAGCAGACGGCACCACCCGGGUAGACAUCAUCGUAGCCGCCGCAGCUCUCGCGUGCGUCGCAGGGAGCGACAGCAGCAGCAACAGCAGCAGCAGCAGCAGAAAGAGCAGCAGCAGCAGCAGCAGCAGCAGACGCAGCAGACGGCACCACCAGGGUAGACAUCAUCGUAGCCGCCGCAGCUCUCGCGUGCAUCGCAGGGAGCGACAGCUGCAGCAGCAGCAGCAGCAGCAGCAGCAGCAGCAAUUUCAUAUGUGGAAGAAGCAGGAGGAUUCGUUGGUAUAUCCACAGCAGCAGCAGCAGCAGCAGCAACAGCUGCAGCAGCAACAGCUGCAGCAGCAACAGCUGCAGCAGCAGCAGUUGCUGCUGCAGCGUCUGCUGCCUCAGCAUCUCCCCGAAGCAGCGCAGCAUUUUGCUUCCUCGCAGGAGCGACAGCUGCAGCAGCAACAGCAGCAGCAGCAGCAGCAGCAGCAACGCCACAAAGCAGUGACGCGCGGGCAGCAGCAGCAGCAGGAGCAGCAGCAGCAGCAAGAACAGCAGCAGCAGGCUGCUGCUGCUGCUGCUGCAGCAGCAACAGCAGCAGCAGCAGCAGCAGCAGCAACGCCACAAAGCAGCGACGCGCGGGGUGUAUUCCCCUCGACUCUCCCCUGGGGCUGUCUCCGUUCAGCAGCAGAGAGCAGCCUGAAGCAGGAGGAGCAGCAGCAGCAGCGGCAUAUGUCUGGUAUCAGCAGCAGCAGCAGCAGGAGCAGCAGCAGCAGCAAGAACAGCAGCAGCAGCAGCAGCAGCAGCAGCAGGAGAAAGCGGCUCAAAAGAAGAAAAAGAAAUCGCAGAGAUUCAAAGAAAAGAAACUUCUCCCGCAGAGAAAACAAAAAAAGAAAAACAGAAAAAAACAAACCCAACAGAAAACGCAUGCAGCACUCAAGGCGGAUACGCAGCAGCAGCAGCAGCAGCAGCAGCAGCAGCAGCAGCAGCAGCAAUAGCAGCAACGAGAGCGGCAGCAGGCGACCCAGCAGCACCAGAAGCAAGCGACCCGGCAGCAGCAGCAGCAGCAGCAGCAGCAGCAAGUUGCUUAGCAUCAGCAGCAGCAAGCGGCCCACCAGCGGCAGCAGCAGCAAGCUGGCUAGCAGCAGCGGCAGCAAGCUGCUGAGCAGCAGCAGCAGCAGCAGCAAGCGACUCGGCAGCAGCAGCAGCAGCAGCAGCAGCAGCAUGAGGAUGUCGAAGCAGCACUCAAGCCGGCAAGUGCUGCGGCAGCACCUUCAGCGGAGCAGCAGCAGCAGCAGGAGACGCUUCAGGCGCAGCAGCAGCAGAAACAGCAGCAGCAGAACGAACAGCAGCAGCAGCAGCAGAAGCGGCAAGAGAGGAAGCAGCAGCAACCGCAACAGCAGCUAUCCUCUGCAGCAGCAGCAGACCUUUGAGAGCCCUGCUGCCGGGAGAAGCAACCGCAGCAGCUCGCGCAGCAGCAUCAGCAGCAGCAGCAGCAGCAACAGCAGGAGCAGCAGCAGCAGCAGCAACGCGCUCGAUCCCCACAACGAACUAGGCAGGUUUGAACAGCUGCAGCAGCACAAGCUGCGGCAGCUGCUGCAGCUACGCAGACAGCAGCAGGAACACCAGAGGCAGCAGGAGCAGCAAAGACAACGGUGGCAGCAGCAGCAGCAGCUGCUACUGCAGCAGCAGAAGCUGCAGCAGCAGCUGCAGCAGCAGCAGCAACUCCAGCAACAGCAGCAGUAUAUGGAGCAGGGGCAGCAACUGGAUGACCCCAGGCUGCUGCUGCAUGCGCGAGAGCCGCCGUUUCACCUGCAGCAGCAGCAGCAGCGGCAGCAGCAGCAGCAGCAGCAGCAGCAGCAUCUGAUGCGUGUGGCCGAGCAGCACCCGUACCAGCAGAACGGAUACAUGCAGCAGCAGCAGCAGCAGCAGCAGCAAGAGCACCAUCAAGAUCAUCAGCAGGAGUACCACCAGCAGCAUCAGCAGCUGCAGCACCAGCAUCACCAGCAGGAGCAGCAGCAAGAACAGCAGCAGCAGCAGCAGCAGGAGCAGCAGCAGCAGCAGCAGCUGCAGCAGCUUGUUGAGAGGAUGGGUCGGCUCCGUAGAGAGAAGAUUCGCCAGCCCCACCCGUACCAGCAGAACGGGUACAUGCAGCAGCAGCAGCAGCAGCAGCAGCAGCAGCAAGAGCACCAUCAAGAUCAUCAGCAGGAGUACCAUCAGCAGCAUCAGCAGCUGCAGCACCAGCAUCACCAGCAGGAGCAGCAGCAGGAGCAGCAGCAGCAGCAGCAGCAGCAGCAGCAGCUGCAGCUGCAGCAGCUUGUUGAGAGGAUGGGUCGGCUCCGUAGAGAGAAGAUUCGCCAGAGGUGGCAGCAGAGGACAGGCAAACAUUCUGAAGACUCUGCUGCUGCUGCUGCUGCUGCUGCUGCUGCUGCUGUUGCUGCUGCUGCUGCUGCUGCUGGUGAUGAUGAUGAUGAUUUGCUGCGCAGCCCGCCGCUGCCGCCAGAGAGCAGCCCGGAGCCUUCGAUCAAGUCAGAAGGAAAUCCCCCUGCUGCUGCUGCUGCUGCUGCUGCUGCUGCUGCUGCUGCUGAGGGGUCUCAGCUGUGUCCGCUUGCUGCAUCUGCUGCAGCAGCAGCAGCCAGAGAGCAGCCCGGAGCCUUCGAUCAAGUCAGAAGGAAAUCCCCCUGCUGGCAGGCAAAAAAAAAAAGCAGACCCCCUCAAUGA